GGGCAAAGUUGAUUCGGCCAGUCACUGACGCAAUCGCGGAAUUAAUGGGAUGAAUAAAUAGCAGAUCUUGAUGAAGCGGGACCGGAGUCUUUCUUCAGCAAGUACCUGUUUGUAAUCGAGUUGUCAACAUCUCCUGGGCGGCAGCCAGCCAGCAACCCCUGCUAGAUCAGUCUAGUUUGGACAUACCUUUAAUUCCAGGACUUCACCCAAACCCCUGUCGAAGAAUGAAGCUGUUGUCUGCUUGUUGUGUCGUUUGCCUGCUGCUGUGCAUCGCGUUUCCCGACGCGGGUUCCCGGGUCCACGGAUCCCCGGUGGGGAUCAGGAAUGCUGAUAUUGAUUCAUCUUGGUAUACUGGGCGUGGGAUAAGGCCUGUGGGUCGUUUUGGAAGAAGAGGACUAACUUUGGACAAAAACAGAAAAUAUGAAUUUGGUACUCGCAGUGUCUGUGGCCCAAUUCGAGAGAGUGGAGACUCUAACAUGAUGAAUAACUAACUGGCCUCUGGCCUGUAGCUCUGUAAACACACAAAACCAACUUUUUAAAUUAUCUGCUUAUUGUUAAUUGUGUACUUAGGACAAAUCACAAACUAAUGAUUAUCUGUCAAGCAAGAAUAGUGUUUAAAACCUGACAUGCAUAUUGUAACGAAAUGUUAAUGCUGACUAUUUGAAUUCCCUUUAAUUGGGGGAUUUAAGAUUACCUUUAAGAAUUGGGGGGUUAUUGAAAUGAAGUCUAAUAUUAUAUAAAGGUAGUAUAGAUACAGCAAGUUAAUUCAAAAUAAUGUGACAAAAUACCCAAAUUUGUUGUCAGGGCGAUGAGGAGUGAAAUCGGGAAACUGGAUGAAAAGUUCCACGAACCGAUGAUUCUAAAAUAAUGUGGAAACGGUAAAGUUUUAAAUUUGGAUCUGCUUUUUUUAAUUUAAAUUUUGAUCU